CACCAUGGGCGUGGGCUGUGCUUUAUGUCGCUCAGGGACUAUUCAAGAGCCAUCGAGUGCUUCAACCAAAGCCUGCUCGUCCACCGCUACGACUCGACAUUCUCGCAGCUGGGCGAGUGCCUGAUCCAAAUGGGCGAGUACCAGCUGGCUCUCGACCAUUACAGCAUCGCCUUGGAAUCGUCGCCCAAGAACCUGGACUUUCUGGCCAAGACCGGCUUGCUGUAUUUCAGCAGAGGCGAGCACGACAAGGCCUUGCUCUACUUUGGUCGGGCGUUGUGCCAUGACCCGCUCUAUGCCAAGGCGCUGCUGCCUCUGUGUGCUCUCCACCAGAUUCUGGAUGAGCCUGAUGCGGCGCUGAUCAAAUACCGCAUCACUGUCCUCCAACACAUCAAUUCGCCCUAUCUCUGGAACAACAUCGGGAUGUGCUUCUAUCAAAAGGAGAAAUACGUGGCGGCUGCAGCCUGUCUCAAGCAUGCACACUAUCUCCUUCCGUUCUCCUUCACUAUCAAGUUCAACCUUGGCCUUGUCCAUCUCAAGUCUGGUCAUUACUGCUCCGCAGCAGUCUACUUUGAGGCUGCGGCGAUGCAGGAUCCAUCCUCGGUCGAGGCCUGGAUGUGGCUCGCGAUGGCCCUGGCCCAGUUGCAGGACCGAAGUGCUGCCCGAGCGGCAUUCGACAAGGCCUUCCGUCUGAAGAGAACUGAGCCCCGUCUGAAUCUCAAUUAUGCCGUGGCCCUCUACAACUGGGGAGACUCGGACACCCUGUGUCUCGAGUAUGUACGGCCGAUCGUAGAGUCAGCGGAGAGCGAUUUGCUGGCAAAAUCUCUGACGGUCGAAGAGAUCGAGCUCGCCCGGCAUCUGCUGGCGGCCGUCAGCAGCAGCAGCAGCAGCAGCAGCGACGGGAUGGCUGUCGAGUAGAUCAAAUGCACCAUCUCCAGCUGGAUCUCGGAACGGCCAUUCGUAUAGGAUGGCUCUCUGGCAUCAUGAAUAAGACGAAAUGCGUUGGCU